AUGAAGAAAGAAGAGACUGUGCAAGAGUAUUUUUUAGCAAUGAGAGAGUUGGCGUCAAGGGACGCCGUGAAAUCGGACGCGCUGUUCGAUUAUAGACCGCGUAGAUUAGCAAUGCCAGAAAAGAAGAUAGUUGAAAAGCAAGUAAGAGAAUGGAUACGAAAAGGCAUAAUAGAACCAUGUUCUUCGGAAUACGCAAGCCCAGUAGUAAUAGUUAAAAAGAAAGAUAGAUUUCCUAGAGUAUGCAUUGAUUAUCGACCACUUAAUCGCAUUAUAGAUCGUGAUAGGCAUCCCUUGCCAUUAAUUGAAGAUCAAAUAAACAAAUUAAAAGACGCACGAGUAUUUAGCACACUCGAUCUUAAGAAUGGGUUCUUUCAUGUAGAGGUAGAUGAAGAAAGUCGUAAAUAUACUGCGUUUAUCACACACAAAGGCCAGUGGAUAUUCGAUGACGGCGAAACCUUUAAGUGCUUGUUGCAUAAAGAUAGGGUAUUCCGAUUUGAGGAGGCAGAAAGAGAAGCUUUUAAUAGAUUAAAACAAAUAUUGAGCGAGGAGCCUGUGUUGUGUAUCUUUGAUCCGACACUAAAGACAGAACUACAUACCGACGCUAGUCAGGACGGAAUAGGCGCGAUAUUGUUGCAACGAUCGCAAAUAGACGAUAAGUUACAUCAGAUAACGGAUUGUGUGGCGUUCACGCAAACGAUGCGUAAAAAGGAAGUUUCUCCGAAGAUCUGGCGGUGGGCCAAAAAAUUAGAAGAGUUUGAGUAUAUACUGGAACACAGAUCAGGUACCCGAAUGAAACAUGUCGAUGCAUUAAGUAGGAACGCAGUUAUGACGGUGGUAGAAAACGGUAUAGUGGCAAGAGUAAAAGCGGCUCAAGCAGAUGAUUCCGAAAUAAAAACGUUAAUAGAGACAAUGGAAUUAAAGCUUGAUGAUGAUUAUACGUUGGUCGGAGGUGUGCUCUAUAAAUUUGUCGAUGGCAGAGAUUUUCUGAUAGUUUCGGAGCUAUUUAUACCAGAUUUAAAAAGAAAAGUCGAAGGAUUUAUAGCAAACUACAUCCCAUGCAUACUUGCCAAUCGAAAACAGGGUAAACAAAAGGGACAACUUCAUCCGCUACCUAAGUAUGACGUGCCUUCGCACACGUACCAUAUAGAUCAUUUAGACCCUUUGGAAUCCACGAGCAAGAAGUACAAACACAUUUUGGUCGUGAUUGACAGCUUUACAAAAUUCACUUGGUUAUAUCCAACGAAGAGCACGACAUCGCAAGAAGUAAUUAAGAAGUUAAAGCUGCAACAACAAAUAUUUGGCAAUCCAGCGUGUAUUAUUUCCGAUAGGGGCACGGCCUUUUCAUCGAAGGAGUUUCAAGACUACUGCGAAAAUGAAAGAAUUAAACAUAUCUUGAUUACCACCGGUUUGCCAAGAGCAAAUAGACAAGUAGAAAAAAUAAAUCGGACAAUAAUUCCAAUACUUACUAAAUUAUCAUUAAAAGAUCCUACUAAAUGGGUGAAAGCCAAGGAGCAAAUAUUAAAGACGCAACGAGAGAACUGCAAGACAUUUAAUAAACACCGGAAGGCACCACAAAAAUAUAAAAUUGGAGAGCUAGUUGCGAUCAAACGCACGCAAAUGUGUCCGGGGCGAAAGCUGCGCGCAAAGUAUUUAGGGCCGUACCGCGUAACAAAAAUAAAGUGUAAUGAUACAUAUGAUGUAAAGCGAGUGAAUCCAGGAGAAGGUCCGAAUAGUACUAGUACAUGCGCCAAAUUUAUGAAGCCUUGGUUCAAUAUGUAG